AUGGACGAGGUGAAACGUCCGGUGCGGCCGAACUUCGCGGAAGAUGUUUACGGAACCCCAUCAACAGAACGCUCGGAUAACAGCGGGAUCAGCGAAAUGUCCGAAUCUUCGUUGGCACAACGACGAGCUGCCGUUUUGCCGAAGUUGAAAGACUUAAGAAAUGGGGAAAUGCAUGGGAAAUUGGAAACCGAACGCGAUCAUCAGGCAGAAAUCGGCGACUUGGCUUUCACGUAUGAGGAUGCUGAUGAGUAUCACAAUGAACUCGCCGAAUUAUAUGCUUACUCGGAAAUGGAAGAGUUUGGCAAGAAUGCUCAUGCUUACAAGGCGUUUCUAGAAAGCUCUGAGGAUUUUAACAGCAAAUUUGGCAACUCAUUUGUUGAUCUUGGACGCCAAAAGCAACUCGACGUGCUGAAUAUUUUGUGCGCUCGAUUUGAUUCGGCUUCAGCAGAAGAGCGUUUGUCUGCAGCUCGUGCUUUUCUCUACGUGCUUCAGGGAGCUUUUAUGGAUUACGAUGAGGAAGAAGAUUUACAAUUGGAUAACAGUGGAAAUAUCUUUGCGCAGAAUCCAAGUUCAAGUGGAAUCAACAACGAUUGCCUAAUUCGAGCCGCAAAAUACGGCUACCUGGCUGCAGAAGUUGGGGCUCUGGAGGCGUUGACGAUGAUGUUGUUACGGGAAAUUGAAGAGCCUUUUGAUCAAGAGGGUUGCGAGAGCAAAGUAAACUCCAGCUGGCAACUCAGCUCAACGGAUCUUUCUGAUCAUUCCAAGCGAAACAAGAGAAGUGCGACUCUAGUGGAUAAUCAAGCGUUGAGAACCGUUCUAAGUGCCAUGUAUCAUUUGGUCGAGACAAUUCGGCGAAAAGAACUAAUUGAUGCAAUAACUGAUACGACGGAGAGUCGCGAACAUUUACGUUCUGUUCGGGUCUCAUUUUUGGAAGAUUUAGAGCGUCCCUUGCUUUAUCUGAAUAAGCCGCUUCUGAUUGUUUUGUUCGAUAUGAUGACGCCGUUUUAUAGUGGGAUUUCUCCGCAUUUUCCGGUCAAAAAGAUCUUUUUGCUGACAUGGAAAAUUAUUCUGGCGACAUUUGGUGGUUGGCAAGCGGCAUUGGCGGAUAAGAAUGCUCUUCGACGAAAAGCUGGACUCUCGAUAUUGGAGGAUACUUUGGAAGUGGCGCGUCACAUGAAAGCUUGUUCGCUUCCCGAUGGCGAUGGGCCAAUUGGGGGAUUUCGAGGAGUGCGUAAAACUAUGCCCGGUCGAAUGCUUGGAAGGCAAAUGGCUUACACCGAGACCGAUGGAGAAGAUGUCAAUGAGUUAGAUGGCUCCGCUGAUAUCUCCGGAUCUGAGACACCAGUUCCUGGAGACGAGGCACUUACACCAAUUUCAAGCUCUUCAUCCAUGAGUACCGAAGGUGAAGGCGAAAGAACUCCAACAGCAACAUCCCCUUCAGAGUCUCGGCAAAUCCGAAGACUACCUUGGAGCGGAAAAGUGCGGAAAGAUGACAUCGAUGUUUUUAUGCAACAUGCUCGUAAGAAAUUCUUCAGUUAUGAGCUUUCGGGAGAUAUCGACACGGUUUUUGGACUUCCACCGCCAAUACUUUCUAGUUUGAAGGUUCUCAAAAAACAUUUAUAUGUUUCUUUGGGAGAAGUGCAGCUGAAACAAGAGGAGGAAUUAAAUCGAUAUGUAUUCUCCAAGAAAGAAGAUGUGAUUGGGAAUAAAACCGAGUUGAUCUAUCGACAAUUGCUCCCGACGAUGUCUAAUUAUGUUGUUGCGUUGCUGAAAGUGCUCUUGGCGGCGGCUCCGAGUAGUAAAGCCAAAGGGGAAUCGGUGAAUAUCUUUUGUGAUGUGUUGACUCCUGAAACUGAUGCAAUCGACGUCUUGUCAUCUUCGAUGUCCCUUGAUCGAUGCGGAAUCAACCCACUGGAAGAAAGCGUCCGACUUGCCAUCGAUAUUCAUCGGCACAAAGAGAUUGUUGUAAAAGCUGCCUCGUCAGUCAUCAUUUUGCUACUCAAACAUUUCAAGCUCAACCACGUGUUCCAAUUUGAGGCGUUUGCUCAGCAAUUGAUCUAUUGCAACGGGAUUCCUCUGAUGUUGAAAUUCUUGGACCAAAACAUGAUUCGCUACAUUCAAUCUCGCCACGAAAUUCAUCCCUACAACUAUCCACAAUGUGCAAUUUAUUGGGCUCGUAAUAAAGAAGAAUUUCCAUCACUUAAUGCGGAUAAUGUGGAGAUUGGACCGGCGGCGGAGGGUUAUUAUUUAUGGAGAAAUGUGUUCAGCUCAAUCAACAUGGUUCGAAUACUAAACAAAUUGACUAAAUGGAAGUUGGCAAGGACAAUGAUGCUGGUGGUCUUCAAAAGUGCUCCGAUUUUAAAACGGUGUCUCAAGAUUCGUGUGGGAUUGUUCCAACUUUACACAUUGAAGUUGUUGAAGAUGCAGGCUCGCUAUUUGGGAAGACCGUGGAGACGCUCGAAUAUGGAUAUCAUCUCGGCAAUCUAUUGCACCGUUCGACACAGGCUUGCUGACGAUUGGGCAUUCGCUAAUGAUCCUCGAUCGAAAUCUUGGGAUUUUCAGACGGAUGAAUCAUCACUCAAGUCCCUGAUUGAGCGCUUCCAUUCACGGCGGUACUCUAAAAUUCAUCCUGCAUUUGCUAUCGAAGUCAAUGAAAACGUUGUUCCUGGCGACAACUAUUUGAAUCAUGUGGAUUUGCGGGAAUAUGAGCCAGUCGACAAUUGUUCUUUCUCAGUUCUUGGUAAAGACAUGGAUCUUCCGGACAACUUCAAGGAUAACUACGAGCUUUGGCUGACACGAGAAGUCUUCAGGAAUCAAAUCGAUUGGGAUCAAUUUCUUUCAGAGGGAAAACCGGAUCGCAAUGCG